GGCCCUUGACUGUGUGACUGCAGACUCCUGGACUCUGAGUUUGGAGAACCUGAUCCUGAGCCUUCAGCACGAUGUCUUACCAACAGCAGCAGUGCAAGCAGCCCUGCCAGCCUCCUCCUGUGUGCCCACCCACAAAGUGCCCUGAGCCUUGUCCUCCCACAAAGUGCCCUGAGCCUUGUCCUCCCCCAAAGUGCCCUGAGCCUUGUCCUCCCCCAAAGUGCCCCGAGCCUUGUCCUCCUCCUCCACAGUGCCCAGAGCCAUGCCAGCAGAAAUGCCCUCCUGUGCAACCUCCUUCACCCUGCCAGCAGAAGUGCCCACCCAAGAGCAAGUGAGUGCUUCAGCAGUCACCAGGACCAAGAGAAGAGGAGGAAAUCUACCUCCCAUUCUUCCAUAGAAACACUUCCAUCUGUGCUUCAAAACCUGCCAUUGAUGCAGAAGAAUCCUCUUCAGCCUUC